AUGCCUCCAAAAAGCACCAAACCCACCAACGAUGAGCUUCUGGCUCAACUCGACAAUCUGGGUGUCGAUGACGAUGUGACUCCAUCGUCGGCUCAGCCCACGUCGAAGCCGGCCACUACUACUAGCACCAGCGCCUCCAAGUCAGAGCAGGAUAUCUUUGCUGAGCUCGAUAAUCUUGCAUCUCAGCGACCGAGCACCCCUCGAUUGUCGGCGGAGCAUCGCUCGUCUAUCAAAUCGCCGAAGCCGCCGUCUGGCCGGACCAGUGAAGAGAAAACUGCAACUGUUCGCAAAUUCGAGGAAGGCGGAACUGCGCCCACUCGCACGACUUCGAGAGAUGCGUCGUCCUCUGAAUCUGAGAAGACAAAGUCCGCAGAGAAGACGACGAAGAGCUCGGGCGGAGGUUGGUGGGGUGGUCUUCUAUCCUCCGCCACCGCUACCGCCAGUGCAGCUGCCAGCGCAGCCAUGAAACAGGCUGAAGCCGCUAUGAAGGAAUUGCAAAAGAACGAAGAGGCCCAGAAAUGGGCGGAACAGGUCAGAGGAAAUGUAGGAGCUCUUAGGGAUCUUGGUACUUGUUCCCCCACCUCGACUACCUUUGGACCGAUGGGAUGCGGCGAACUAAAAACCCUUGCUCUUCCAACAUUUACUUCGCUCAUCCAUACGCUCGCCCCUCCCAUCUCGUCUCAUGAGCGCCUUCAAAUUCACAUCACUCACGAUCUCUCUGGCUAUCCCAGUCUCGACCCUCUGAUCUACGAAGUCUUCUCUCGUGUCAUGUCGCAAGUAGAGGGUGGUGAUUUGCUUGUCAUCCAGCGCGGUCAGGAAUCAGCUCCCCGACGUGGCUCGGAGCUUGGAUUCCAGUCAUCCACUGCGGGUUGGCGCGAUGGCCCGUGGUGGCGCACCGUGACCCCAGGUAACCCGCGUAGUAUCAACGCUGUGAGAGGCGCUGUCGAGGCGACCAAGCUGGCCCGUGCCAGUGCAGAGGCCUAUGCGUCGGAAUACUACUCAUCUCGGGGCGGUAUUGAAGAGGCGGCGAAACAGGCCACUGCGGUACUGAGCGAGUCCAACCCCGUGCGGAGCAGCGAUAUUUUCUUGGCCAUCCAAGCAAUGAGCCAGACGAGCCCGAAGGACCUCUUUCAAGCCGGCCCAUCGGCCGAGAAAGCGAGCGCUUCUGGCGGAGUCGUCGAGGUGGCUGAUGAUGAGGAUAAUGAAGAGGUCGCCUUUGCAAUCUAUCUGCACGACCCUGUCCACGGCAUCGCGUUCCACACCGUGUCGCAGUCGAUUCCGCAGAAAUGGAUCGACUGGCUCGACGCGCCGGCUCCGGCCGUUGACGAUGCUGAUGACGCUAAGAAUGUUCCUCGCGUGACGGUGCCGGAGGCCAUUGCGGAGAUCAUUGAAAGUGGCGGCGUCGACCCCCGUGAAUGGGUAGCGGAAUGGCUCGAGGAGGCGUUAUCUCUUUCUGUUGGAGUUGUGGCGCAAAGAUACGUCGCCCGCCGGAUGGGCGUCGGUGAGGGCGGAGUCGGGAAGGGGAAAAUGAAGGCGGAAAAGGCAACGACGGUCGACAGCGGAGCGGGAGAAGCUGCCCGGGCGCUGUAG